AUGAGGUCAAUUGCGCCCCUACUACCAUGCGUGCUCGUGUGCUUUCUCGUGCUGGGAGGCGCGCCAAAGGCGAGCGCGCAGAUUCCAGAAAUCAACAUCACGGCCAUCACGGAUUUCCUCAACGAGUUCUUCGCGGCCCUUCAAAAGGACGUGCAGAGCUCCUUCCCCGGCACCAAGCUGUACGUGCUCAAAGGGAAGGCGGAGAACACGGGCGACUACAACGAUGUGGAUGAUGAUGAUGAUGAUGAUGAUGGUGACGACGAGAAAGAAGGCAAGCUCGAAAUCACCAAGUACACGUACAACAAUAUCACUUCUUUCAAAUUCGAGACUCAAUCGGGCAACAAGAUCAAAUCAGUGACGAUUCGUAAGGGCCUGCCAACGACGUUCGGGAAGGUUGUGCUGGUGGUUCCCGGCACUCCCGCGAAGGAUGAUGAGGAAUACACCAUGACGUCAUGGAUCGUGAACGCGUCCUACGUGGCAGCUUACAACGGCAUGAGCGUUACAGGUGUGAUUGAUGACGUGUACAAGUCACCCCGAGGAUUGGCCUGCCUUACAGCAGGGGAGUUGGCUCGACCGUCUGAGGUCAUGGUGCGGUCGCUGCGAGAGAAGCACCCGGCUAGCGCAGGCGAGGUACCACAGUGGGUCCGCGAUUUCACCAUCGAUACCGCUCAGCGGCCUUCAUUCACGACCGACAUCCUGGCCAGAGCUAUCCAUACAGCCGCUCGAGCCUCAGCAGCAGGGCCAUCGGGGUGGGUCACAGAGCAUCUGCGUGACACCUUCCUCACUGAACCUACCUGCCUUUCCCACCUGUUGGAAGUGUUCAACCAAUGGGUGGCGGGACAGGUCCCCGAGCGGGCUCGGCCGUGGCUCGCCGCAUCCAACCUAGUCGGGCUUUCCAAGCCUAACGGCGACGUCCGGCCGGUGAAAAUCGGGGAGGUGCUUCCUCGUAUCCUUGCUCGUGCUCUCUGCAUCUCGCUCCGCCCUGCGAUGGUUUCCUACUUCCUGCCAUGCAACCAGCUGGGAGCGGGCACUAGGGUCGGGGCGGAGAUUCUCACUCAUUCUUUCCGGUUAGCGCUGGCCACUCACCCCGACUGCCUCGAGUCAGCACGGGGAUCGAGGCAAGGGGACCCGCUCAGCCCUUUUCUUUUCGCCUUCACGCAGCAGCAAGUGAUGGAGCCGAUUAUUAGGGAGUUCAAGGACCUGCUUUUCCUCAGCUAUGCAGACGAUACCUAUAUUUUGGGGCCAGCGGUUAGGAUUCUGGAGGCUUUUGGGGUGCUGCGGGAGCGGUUGGAGUGGGUGGGGCUGGAGGUGCAUGCGCACAAGUGCCGGUUUUGGGAGCGCGAGGGCAAGGGGGUAGAGCGGGCACUGCAAUUGGGGAUGCAGCGGGUGGAUGAGGGUCUUACUGUGGUGGGCGUGCCUAUUGGAAAGGAGGUUUGGGAGGUGGUGCGGCUACGGGAGCGGCUUCGACAGUUGCAGGCGCCAUUGCCAUGGCUCCCCUUGCUCGACCACCCCCAGACGGCUUCACACCUCCUCGCCAUUGCAGUUUCAGCGCGGCCGAUGUACCUCGCCCGGACUAUGCCGCCGCGUCCGGAGGUGGUUGAGGCUUUUAGGGAUUGGGACAGCUGUUUAGAGGAUUGCUUUGAGCAGCUUUUCCCACCUGGCACUUGGGAGCAGGACCCCGACCGGUCUAGGCGCGCACGCAUGCAGCUGCAUCUCCCUGUGCGUCUCGGUGGGUUCGGGAUCCGGGCGGCGGCCUCUUUGAGCCCACUGUCCUAUGUUUGCGGGUGGGCGCAGGCCGCGCGGGACAUUGCACAGUUAGGGGUGGCGGGCGAGGAGGCGAUGUUUGAUGAGUACCUCACCACUUCGACAGGGGCAGAGUUUCUUGACCCGUGGUUUGUCAAGGCUCUCGAGCAGCUGCCAGCGACUAUCCGCCACGAGUGGGGCAUUGCUGCUACUAUACGGCUCGGCCUCCCAAUUCAGCAGCUGCAGGUGGCGGGGAGGUGUGUUUGUGGCACAACGUAUGUUGACCCAGCAGACCCGCACCAUGCCCUAAGAUGCAGGCACCAGCAUGGUCCUUCUCGGGUGCAUGAUGAGGUGAAGUUUGCGGUGGCGAAGAUCUCUAAGGCGUCGGGGGGGGGGGUGGUGACAUUGGAGGAUAGUGUGAUGCUGCAAGGGAAGCGGGUUGAUGUGGCGAUGCGACGUCCAAUGGCUGGAGAGGCUCACGCCUUAGAGAUCAGCGUCGCGGACCCGCUAUCGCUGUCUCCAUCACUGCUGGGACAGUGCGGGCGUCAAAUAGGUGUGGCGGCAAGGGAAUGGGAGCGUCGCAAAACGAGUGAUUACGCACCUCUGCUUGCACGCAAUCGGGGCGUGCAGUUCACCCCUUUGAUAGUUGAGACGUGGGGGUGUCUCGGCUGUCGUUUUCAGCGGUGGCUUCGUCAGCAGGGGGAUGCGCACGUGGGGCUAGCUGUGUCGCGGGGGGCUUGUCGAGAGGACGACUCUGUGUUUUCGGCUUAUCUUUUAGGGUCACUGAAGGCGCUCAUCGGGGUGGCGUUACAACGUGCGCAAGCCCGUGUCGUCCUCCUUCGAGCGGCGUCUUCCAUGGGGGGGAUUAACAUAGAGUUGGCGGAUUGGGAGAGGGACGAUGUCGAUGUGGAAGGCGGGGCUCUCUGGGUGGAGGCCCCGUACAUGGUCGAUACGUUGAUGUGA